GUCAGUCGUAAAGGUAACGUCGCCGCAAAAUGGUUGCGCCCAGCAAGUUAUUCGGGCCUCCACUCAAUCGCUUGCAUUGUGGACACAUUUUGCAUAGCCUGCCGGAUCAGAGCUGCACGAAGGCCCUGCUCUGGAAUCUGUAUCGCAAUCAUGUGUCCAGUGCCAAAUAUUACUUGCCAGAAUUGUUGUUUCCGAUAAUUUUAAAUUGGCGCCGGCAAACUAAAAGUCGUCUGUGGGCUACAGUGAAAAACUAUUUGGAAACGACGCAUUUCGUCUCGACAAUAAACGCCCUCACAAUCUACUUGCUAUGCAUCUUUCGGCGACUAAACGGACGUUACAUUUACCUUUACACUCCGUUUAUACCCUGUUAUCUGGCAUCGCAGAUCACCUGGUGGGCGCCACCCAAAGUGCUGCAGUUCUAUGUGACGGGCGUCACGCAUGCGGCUAUGGAGGGCAUACUGCGUCAGCUGAAUGUGAGCCUGGUGCACUCCCGACCUGCUCAGACGCUGAUAUUCAUGCUGUGCUCGCUGGUGGUACUGCGGCAGCAACAGGCACAUGGCUAUUCUGGUUUCUGGUUCAUCAAGCCGGCCCGGGUGCCGCUGGACUAUAACGAGUGGUCCUUGGAGCGGCGUCUUAAGCAGGCCCUACUGGAGUUACGCACCUAUCUUGGCAUUGGUUUGGGCUUAGAUGUGUUCAAUGCCAUACUGCGUAUGGAACUUAAGAAUCUCAACUUCAAGUCUACAGGCUUUAUGCUAGCUUAUAUGGCGUCAUACAAACUCGUACAAUGUUUGCUGGCGAGCAGAUUGGAGUUAAGGUACACCAAUUUACUGGCGGCGUUCCUAAGUGGCAGUUCCCUCGGGCUGUUCAAUCGCAAUCCCCUAAGCUUCAUGUGCUUGGCCGUAGUCACUGCAAUUCAAGUAUUGUGGCAACAGCUGUGUACUGUGGAUGCCAGCCACAACAGGCUGAUGGCUGCUGCGCAGCGCAUACCCUGGGGUAAGCUGCUUAUGCCACCCAACCUGGCAUAUUUGUUGCACAGCAUGAUCUUCCAGCGUCAUGUAGUGAAUGGCUUGGCCAAGUCAUUUAUAAACAAUACGUGCGAUAAAAACGUUCAACGUGUUUACUCUUUUUUGAACCUACCCAUUGAAACAAUAAUGACCACAGUUUAUGAAUUACCAAUAACCCCUUUCUUAUUUUAGCUGAAAUAAGAAGCUUACAUGCUGACAAAAAGACGUUAUAAAAUGAAAUUUUAAAAUAUCCGGCCUGCCAACUCGUUGCUAGAAAUGGAUUUCGUGGCGUUGCCACAUUGCUUGCAAACAAAUAAAACUAAUUCCAACAAUUUUCAAUUUGAAAUAGCUUAAGCUUUUUCGGGGAAACAUACGAUCGGUUAUCUUGAGUAUAUUUUACAUUAAUAUUCACUGGAAUUUAGACAAAUGCAUCAGGUGCUGACGCUUCGUAGCAAAUGUAGACAACUGUACGUGAUGAGAAUAAAAAAUAUUUAAUUUUUUGCGCAACUUGGUAAAUAAAAGUUAAUAGCUUGGAUUCAUUGAUUA